AUGAGUUCCGAGCCGGGCAAUUACAUAUACAUCAUGGGUUCUGCAUACUUGAUCGCCGGUAAGGAAAUCCCUGCCCACUACUUGUCAUUGGCUACUUUGGGAGCUGUUGUUUUCUUCACUGUUCCUAAGCCAUGGGGCCCAAAGAAGGCUCUGCACCCAUCAAUCAAUGCUUCUUCCCCUGAAGAAGAAAAGUUUGUUACCGAAUGGUUGGCCAAGAACGGUCUUGAAAAGCACUAG